AUGUCGCUCUCCUACGCCGAAGCAGCACGAAAACCCCCACCGCCCUCGCUCGACUCUUCGUAUGAAAACCUCGAAGCUAAUAUCAUAGUCGAAGCAAAGAACGCUGUUAACCCUCAAACCUCCUCAAGCGCGACAAACCAAGACUCACAUGCCGAAGACAAGACUGGAGAGAACUAUACUGCCACUUUGAAAAGACGAGACGUCUCUCCGGAAACUUUAAAGUCUCUACGAGAGGGCGAGAACGAAGAAGGAGGAGAGCAUGACAGGUGGAAGAAUACAACAGGGACAAGAGACACUAAAAAAGAUAAACAAAAGAAAGAGUUGACCGGAAAAAUGAUUGCUUUAAAUGUUGCAAUUGAUGUUGUUCUGGCUGGUCUGUUUGUUGGAUGGUUAUACAAAGGACAGAGACCGCUCAACAGAAGUUUCAUUACGUUUGGCAGCAUCGGACUGUCUGCUUUCUAUGGUUGGCACUGGUUUGGUUACAUGAAAGUGCAUUCAAAAUAA